CCUGUCCAGGAAGUCGGCGGCGGAGCUGUUAAGGUGGUACCAUGGGGGCAUCGGCGACUUGAACCAGUCACCAGUGGUAAGUUGGGAGGCAGUGGAGGGCGGAAGAUGGGCGGGGAUUGGGCGGCGAUGGCGAUUCAAGGCGCGGUCCUCUUCCUCGCCCUGGCCAUGUUCCUGGGCCUCCACUCCGUCCCCCGCCGCGCCCUCUCCGGCCUCCGCCGCCGCUCCAACUCCUCCGCCCAGUCCAGCCGCCACUUCUUCCAGGGCGCCCAGCUCCUCGCCCGCGCCCGCUCCUCCUCCUCCCCUUCCUCCGCCUCCGCCUCCGCCCUCGCCCGCUCCGCCAUCGCCGAGGCCGACCUCGCCGCCGCCCUCGACCCCCGCGACGCCGCCCCCCACAUCCUCAAGGCCCUCGCCCUCGACCUCCUCGGCCACCGCCUCCCCGCGCUCCGAUCCCUCGACGCCGCCCUCACCCCGCCCGCCGCCAAGUCCCUCUCCCCCCGCGACCGCGGCGACGCCCUCUUCAAGCGCGCCGAGAUCCACCUCGCCCUCAACCGCCGCCGCCGCCUCGACGCCGCCCUCGCCGACCUCCUCGACGCCGUGCGUCUCAGCCCCGACAACGCCAAGGCCUUCGCCCUCCUCGGCGAGUGCUACGAGCACAAGGGAUCCCCCGAGGCCGCACGGAGCGCCUUCGACUCCGCCGUCCGGAUCGACCCCUCCUUGGAAUCGGCUCGGCAGGGCCUGCAGAGGCUAUCCGAAUCCAGAGGCGGAGACACGAGCAGCUGAGUAAGGAAUCUCUUGGAGCAGUUUGGGUACAGUAUGCUUACAGUAUGUGCCUUGUCAGGAAUUGUCAUCAAGAUGCAAACUUUACUAAGCACCAGAAAGUAGGUGUCAAUUUUCGAACAAAAGAUUGGAGGACGCACGGUAGAUGAGUAAGCACAAAAUUGUAGAGCAUAAGAUGAAAACAUUCUUCAGGGCACGCUUGUUUUGUUCUGCGGGGCAGAAAAUUGUAAGAACAGGAAAGAAAAGGAAAAUAGCAAUCUGUAGAACUGUUCAACCUUCUAUGCUAAUUCAGCCUGUUAUGAUUGGAUAUAUUGCCAGCUAAAUAUACAUGCUUUAAUAGCUUUAUCUUAUAAAUUUUAGUGCACUGUAAAGUCGUUGGUCGUAUUUUUACUGUGCAGUGCACAACUUAAAUCUUUUUGUCCUAUCUUCAUUGUAUAAUCCUUUUGAUAUGCAAAUGCCAAUCCAGCCUAGCAUUUGCAGAAUUUUGUAGAUCCUGUUACAUUACACAGAUCUGAGAUUUAUCUGUUUGUGCGCAGUUAUUGAUGUUUUCUUUAAGUAA